AUGGCUGCGCCUCGCGAAGUAACAACCAAGAAUCUCUCUGGAAAAUUUAUCAUGAACAAGACGUUGAGCGAUAACAGCGACGAUAUCCUCAAGCUCCAGGGCGUAUCUUGGUUCAAGCGGCGUGCCAUCUCGAUGUUUACAUUGACACUCGUCGUAAAGCACUAUACAGACGAGGCCGGCAUAGAGCACGUAGACAUCGACCAGACAUUAUCUGGCGGUAUCCCAGGCACGAGUGAGGAUCGCAUUCUUGACUGGGAGGAACGCAGCGAGAGCGACGACGUUUUCGGUGCCGUGGUCGGACAAACAAAGAGAAUCAAGCUUGAGGAAGUGGAGGACGAAUUCCUGAAGUCUGGCUGGACGGAAGAUACUAUCGAAGACGGAACAGUUCUAGCUAUAGCCUGGAGUGAAACGCCAAAAAGUGGGAUGGUGUGGAGGGCGGAACAGACAUGGGGGUUCGAAAUUUUGAAUGGCGAGAGGAGAUACGCGAGACAUGUGAAGUUUACAUCAUCAGAUAAGAAGGAUGGUCCAAUCUUCAAACACUUGUAUUAUGACUAUGGUGAGCCACCUCUCGCAGUGAUCUAUACGCUCAUGGAUUCAUCUCCUCCUAGUCGGACCCAACUGAUACCAGCGAACUCUUAUGAAUGUACAAUACGAACUACCAUGCAAGCAUGA